CCGAUUAUGGACGUUUAUCAUUGCGUGUAUACCAUGUGUUUCAUCCGCGGACUAUGAUUUCGUCUGAAAACAUUUUAUAUAAAUAUGGCUCUUGUAUAUCGUGCAAAUGUAAAUUUUUGCUCUUUGUUUAAUACAUUUUCUUCUAAGAAUGUAUCGAGUGUCAAAAGGUUUACAUCGCAAUAUAAACAUAAAGUAGGCAAUAACGAUCAUGUUAAGGGCUCAAUAUACGGUGAUGCAUUUCAUAGAAUGAUCACAGAGAGACAGAAUCAGGCAAUGAAAAGCAUCAUAAUAAAGUUAAAUUCGUUUGAAGCUAUUGAUGCUGCUCGUCAGUGUUGUGCAUCUUAUGGACAGGUUAUAAAAGCGUUUCCUUAUAAUACAAUAAAUGAUGAGUGUUUCAUGUUAAUAGAAUUUGACAAUUAUGCUUCUAUAUUGAAGCUUAAGAACAGUAUGACUAGCGAAGUAAAAAGUUUUCAAACUAUCGGUAUGGUAUCACCGAUAUAUAGGUAUUAUGCAGACAAAUCUGAGGAACAAAAAUCAUCAGCGACUAUUACAUACUACAAAACAUUUACCAUUCCGAAACGGACAGAUAUUGUGAAGAAAUUAAAAGAAAUUAAAUCUAUAGAUGGGCAAAUGGUGGCACUGUACCAUUCAUUGAAAUUUUCAGAAGUAGAUAUUCGAUUAAGAUUUUUUACUGCCGCUGAACUUACGUAUUAUGUAAAUAGAUUAUUUUGUAAUAUAAAUGUUCUGCCAUUUGGCUCCAGUGUAAAUGGUUUCGGUCAGAGAGGUUGUGAUCUGGAUUUAGUAUGCUCAGUUAGCGGUACUAAGAAUGAGAGUGCACAGAAGUUACAUUAUUUGACGAACAACAUAUGCUUUGAUAGCAAAGUAAAGCAUCAACAAUUCUUAGAAAUGGUAUAUACAAUAUUGAACACAUGUGUACCUACAAUUUCCAAUGCAAAGAGAAUUCUUAAUGCGCGUGUUCCUAUACUUAAAUUUAGUAUUCCCAGUAGCAACAUGCAGUGUGAUCUUAGUGGCCCUAAUGAAGUUGCACUUUACAUGUCCAAGUUAUUAUAUAUUUUUUCGGAGAUAGAUUGUCGUGUGAAACCACUAGUCUGUACCAUUCGUAAAUGGGCAAAGAAUCAUCGAAUAACGAGAGAAAUUCCAGGUCAGUGGAUUACGAACUUCUCUCUUACUCUUUUAAUAAUAUUUUAUUUGCAAAGAAUAGAGAUUUUGCCACCUAUUGCUGUCUUGACUUCAGUGCAAAACAAAUCUGGAUGGAAAGUUUCGAGUUCUCUAAGCUUACAGAGUAUAUUACGUGGGUUCUUUCAAUUUUACAGCAACUUCGAUUUUAGUACACAGGCAAUUUCUAUUUGGGAGGGAAAAACAAAGAUAAAACUAGAUGUAUCCCCUAUUUAUAUUCAGAACCCUUUUAAUGAAUCAUUAAAUGUUGCUAAGAAUAUUAAUGAUAUCCAAUUAGAACGUCUUAUACAUCAUUUCCGAGAUGCCUUGAAUCUGUUACAUUACGAAGAAUGCUCCAUUUUGCAUUUAUUGAAAUACGAUUCAAAUGAACAAAAUAGUACCACCGACGAUAAUACUGUUCAACAAAAUGAAACCGCAAUAGAAGAAAUUUUUGAUUUAACUAAUUCUAUAGAAGAAAAAAAAGUAAUAAAGUCAUAAAACAUA